CUUACAAACAACAGUCGUAUUUUAGCUGGUCACCAGUGCACACGGACUAUAAUGAUAGCGUGGCUUUUACUGUUUGCUACUUUUGCGGGCGAAUUGAAUGCUGCUACAAAUCUGUUGCACAAUGCAGAUUUUGAAUCAAGUAAUUUUAAUGGAAAUUGGUACGCUAUUGGUUGCCAUAUGACCCAGAGUAACGACGCCUACCACGGUCACCACAGCGCACAUCUGUCAAACAGGGACCAAAACUGGAAUGGAUUAGCACAGAAUAUUAAUUUGAACGCUGGUUCCCGGUACAAGACCACUGCCUAUGUGAAGUUGCUGAAUACCGCAAACAACAAAGCGUACCAGAGUGUGACCAUGAUGCUAAACUGCAAAGAUGGCAGCGGAAAAGAUAUAUACAAGCAUUUUGGUACCACACAAAACGUUCAACCUGGACAAUGGUGCGAAAUUGGAGGUGUUCUCCAUACCAGCAAUGGAUACCAUAGUUGUCAUAUCUACGUGCAGACGGACGCACACACGGACUAUCUUGUCGACUCAGCGAGUAUGGAAUUAGUACCCUAUGAUUCGAACUGGAAAUCACAUGCAAAUCAGAGGAUUGAACAGUACAGAAAGGCUGAUAUCAACAUUAAGUUGACUGGGACUAGUGUUGACACAAGCAGUGUGGAUAUUGAGCUCAAGCAGACGAAGAUGGAGUUCGCCUUCGGAUCAGCGGUAUCUGCUACUAAUAUUGUAGAUCACAAUCAUGCAGCGUAUCAGAAGACAUUUUACGACAACUUCGAAUGGGGAGUUCUAGAAAAUGCUUUGAAAUGGAGACAGAUGGAAUGGAGUAAGGGACACAUUAACUACGACAGACCUUUGAAUGCUAUCAAGGCCAUGCGAUCGCACGGAAUCAAAAUGCGAUGUCAUUGUGCUUUCUGGGAUAAGGAUGAUUACACUCAAGACUGGGUCAAGGCUCUUCAUGGUGAUGCACUAAGGUCGGCAAUACAUACACGUAUACAAGGGGUCACAAGCCAUACCAAGGGCAUGUGUGAACAGUGGGAUGUUAACAAUGAAAUGUUGCACGGAGGUACCUACGAGAGACUUUCAGGAGAUCCAAACAUCACUAUGGAUAUGUUCAGACAAAUGCAUACAGCAGACAGACAUCCGUUACUGUUCCUUAAUGAAUAUAGUGUUAUCAGUAACAGUCAAUCUGCAGUGGCACAUAAAGACACAGCCAUGCGGUACAAGAAAGCCGGGGUACCAGUCGGUGGUCUUGGAGUUCAGGGACAUAUGCAUAACAUAGACAUACACGUCAUCAAGGCACAGCUUGAUAUCUUGGCAGAGGCAGGACUACCGAUAAUGAUCACUGAGCUUGGUGUGAAUGACAAGGACGAGAACAGCCGUGCAUCAAAACUUGUGAACCUAUUAACCCUGUUCUUCAGUCAUCCGUCUGUAAAAGGUGUACUUCUCUGGGGAUUCUGGGACGGGCAGAUAUGGGAAAAAGACGCUCCCCUCUUUACUGGAACAAAUCUCACGCCAAAUGCUGCAGGUAGAGCCUACCAAAAUUUGUUCCAUAACCAAUGGCGCACCAGUGUUACCCACACAAUACAUGGUCAUGAGCAAUACCACGUGCGUGGGUUCAAAGGUGAAUACACCUUGAACGUCAAACAUAACGGACAUAUACUGAAGACGGAAACAUUCACGUUGUCUGACGGUGGAAAGACUUUGCAAGUUCAUCUUAACGGAAAUACGGGAGGAACACCGUCUGUGUCACAUGUCAUUGUGGGUUAAUUUUGUGAAUGAGUUUCUUUUUGAAUAAAGCAAUACUAACUU